AUGUAUAACGCUAUAUCAUUAAUUAUAAUACUACCUUGUAUAAGUUGAUUAUUCCCAUUAUUCUUUGGAAGACAAUUAGGGUAUGUAUUUGUAACAAGAAUGACAAGUACAUUAAUAAUAAUUACAACUUUAAUUACAUAUUAUUAUUUUUAUCAAUUAUUAGGUAAUAAUAAUCCAAUAAAUUUAGAAUUAUUUAAUUAUUUAAAUAUAGACUAUUUAGAUAUUAACUAUAAUUUUGAAAUUGAUGCUUUAACUAUUACUAUGUUAUUAGCUAUUACUACAAUUAGUAGUAUGGUUCAUAUAUAUUCUAUAGGUUAUAUGGAAACAGAUCCUCAUCAAGUAAGAUUUUUCUCAUUAUUAAGUAUGUUCACUUUCUGAAUGAUAAUCUUAGUUACAGGUUCAAAUUACUUUGUUUUAUUUGUAGGUUGAGAAUUUAUAGGUGUAACUAGUUAUUUAUUAAUUAGUUUCUGAGUUACUAGAUUACAAGCUAUGAAAUCAGCAUUAUCUGCAGUAUUAAUGAAUAGAUUUGGUGAUGCAUUCUUCGUAUUAGGAUUAUGUGUUAUAGCUUAUGUAUUUGGAACAUUAAAUUAUUCAACUAUAUUUGCAACUGCUUAUUUAAUAAAUACAGAUUUAUUAGUUUUAAUCAUGUUAGCUUUAUUUAUAGCAGCUAUGGCUAAAAGUGCUCAAUUUGGUUUACAUAAUUGAUUGACAUUAGCUAUGGAGGGUCCAACACCAGUAUCAUCAUUAUUACAUGCAGCUACAUUAGUUACAGCUGGUAUUUAUUUAUUAUUAAGAUCUGCUAAUAUACUUGAGUAUACUCCUACAGUAUUAUUUAUUAUAUUAUGGAUAGGUGCCUUAACUACAUUAAGUGCAGGUCUUAUAGCGAUAUGUUCUAAUGAUUUAAAAAGAAUAAUAGCAUUAUCUACAAUGAGUCAAUUGGCUCGAAAGAAUCUAAUUAUGAUUCUUAGGAAGCAAUCUAUAUGCGUAGAAUUUAUUAUCAGUCCGAUAAUAAACAAUUCGCAGGUAACCAAAGCUCUUUAUUAUAUAUAUAAAUAUAAAUAUAAUAAUAAUAAUAAUUACUUUUUUAAUUCAUAUUUCGCGUUGCGACUUCUUAAAGAAGAACUAUGAAAAGUAAAUAUUAUCAGUCAGUUAGUAGGAACCUCAGAGGCCAUACGAUUGCUAUCUAACAUAUAUACUAAUAUUAAUAAGAGAUAUAUAAGUAUAAAACACUUUAUUAUAAAUAGAUUAUUAUUUAUAAACAUAUCUAUCUUAACCAAAAGAAUUAGGGUAUACACUAAAAAUAAAAAAAAAUCAUCAUAUAAUAAUUAUAAAUAUGAUUCUAUCUUAACAAAAUCAUCUAAUAAUUUUUUAAUCAAUAGAGUAGGUAUUAGACAUAAUUCUAAUAUAAUUAAAUCUAAAGAUAUUAAUAUUGAAUUAAAACCUAUUAAAAAAGAUUUAGUUGAACAUAAGAAAUUUGUUCAAUGAUUAGCUGGUUUAAUAGAUGGUGAUGGACACUUUAAUAAAAGUAAACAAGGUAGAUCAGCUUUAUUAAUAACAAUGGAUAUAAGAGAUCAAGGUUUAUUAUUUGAGAUUAAACAUAAAUAUGGAGGUCAUAUUAGAAAAAUUGCAGGUGCUAAUGCAGUUAGAUAUGAUCUAAGACAAGAUAAAGGAUUAAUAAACUUAUUAAAGGAUGUAAAUGGUUUAAUAAGAAAUCCUAAGAGACUUUUACAAAUGAAUAUAUUGUGUAAACACUAUAAUAUUGAGACUAAAUUUAGUAAACCAUUAACUUAUUAUGAUGGUUGAUUAGCUGGUAUAAUAGAUAGUGAUGGUUCAAUAUAUUUUAAUAAAAGUUCAGGUCAAUUAUUUAUAAGUGUAUCUCAAAAAGAAAAACAUAUCUUAGAUCCUUUAAUAUCAAUAUAUGGUGGUAGAAUAGAUUUUAGUAAUUCUAAAAAAGAUUCAUAUAAAUAUAUAAUAUAUAGAAAGAAAGAAGUAUUAAAUUUAUUAGAUAAUUAUUUUAAACAUUAUCAACUAAGAUCAGCUAAAGAUAUUAGAAUAAAAAUGAUACCUAAAUUAUAUGAAUUAUAUAUUUAUAGAAACAAACCUGAAGAGGUAGUGAAAUAUGCAGAGUGAAUUUCAUUUUUAGAUAAAUGAAAUAAAAUCGUUAGAUAA